GGUGUUUCUUCCCCCUUGCAGACCCCUGCAAAGCCCUCGGCUGCCGACCGAGGGAGAUGUGCAAGACAGAGGAUGGCCAAGCCAAGUGUGUCCCCUCCUUGGUGGCCUCAUGCUGGGCUUGGGGGGACCCCCACUACCGCACCUUCGACAGGCUGGAUUUCGACUUCGAAGGCACCUGCACCUACACCAUGGCUGAAUUCUGUGGGAACGACCCCAAAUUGGUGCCCUUCAAGGUGCAGGGCAAGAAUCGGAUCAGGGGUGAGGUGAAAUCCAUCUCCUACAUCAGCUUGGCCAACAUUGAGGUCUACGGGCAUCGCAUCUCCAUCCAUUGGAGGGAAGUGGGCAAAGUCAGGGUGGACGGCGUGCUCACCCUUCUCCCAGUCACCCUGCAGGACGACAGGGUGCUGAUCUUCCAGAGUGGGAUGACAGCAGUGCUUCAGACAGAUUUUGGCCUCCGGGUGACGUACGAUUGGAACUGGCACCUGAUAGUUGACCUCCCCAGCAGCUACUCUGAGCAAACCUGCGGCCUCUGUGGCAAUUUCAACCUGGAGCCGGGGGAUGACAUCCCCAUGCAAGCUGGUAACCUCACCUCUUCCAUCAUCUCGUGGGCCUCCAACUGGAAAGUCCCCGAUGAGGAUCCGUUCUGUUGGGAUUUUUGCAACGGGGAAUGCCCCGUGUGCGAGGAGGAGAAGCAAGAGCUGUACUCAGGCAACCAGCACUGUGGGUUGAUCAAAAAGAGCUUCCAGGGACCCUUCAAAGCUUGCCACGACGUCGUCAACCCUCGAGAUUUCUUCCGGAAUUGCCUUUAUGAUGUUUGCAUGAGCGACGGAGCGAAGAAAAUCCUCUGCAAGACGUUGGAGACGUAUGCGUCCACCUGCAGGAAGCACGGGGCUGUGGUGCACAACUGGAGGACGCCGUCGGGGUGCUGUGAGCGAUGGGGUUUUGCUGCUUCUGCUGUGGGGUUUUGCUGCUUUUGCUGUGGGGUUUUGCAAAACUGGGGUGGUUCUGGGAGCAGGGGCGAUGCGUGCAAAGCUCUCAGCGGGACGAACAGCUCCGGGUGCGUGCAAAAAAAUGCUCCGUGCUUUUGCAUGAGGGUGUGCAGCUCAGGGGUGUUGCUUGCAAAAUGCUCCGUGUGUUUUGCAUGGGGGUUGUUAUCCGUGCACGGGUCGUUGCAUGCAAAGCACUCUGUGUGUGUUUGCACGGCGCAUUUGCGUGGUGUGAAAUCGGUUUUCAGGGUGCAAAGGGCUGCGUGGGUUUGCAUGGCACAAUAUCCAUCCCUAAGGUGCUGCAAGCAAAGUGCUGUGUGCAUUUGCAAUGUCCCCGGGGCAGAUAUUGCAAUGUGAAAAUGCACUGAGCAUUUUGCACUCAGCAACCAUCCUUGGUCUGUUGCAUGCAAAAUAAAUUGCAUGGUGCAAUGCCUCGAGGACAGAUAUUGCACUGAGCAAUUUGCACCCAGCAUGCAUUCUUGGUCUGCUGCAUGCAAAAUAAUUUGCACAGUGCAAUGCCUCAAGGGCAGAUAUUGCAUCGUGCUGCAACCACACUGAGCAUUUUUGCAACCAGCAUCCAUCCUUGGUCUGUUGCAUGCAAAAUAAAUUGCACAGUGCAAUGCCUCGAGGACAGAUCUUGCACCGUGCUGCAACCACACUGAGCAUUUUUGCACCCAGCAUCCACUCUUGGAGAGUUGCAUGCAAAAUAAUGCAGUUGCACGGUGCAAUGCCUCGAGGACAGAUAUUGCAUCGUGCUGCAACCACACUGAGCAUUUUGCACCCAGCAUCCAUCCUUGGGCUGUUGCAUGCAAAAUAAUGCAGUUGCACGGUGCAAUGCCUCGAGGACAGAUAUUGCACUGAGCAUUUUGCACCCAGCAUGCAUUCUUGGGCUGCUGCAUGCAAAAUAAAUUGCAUGGUGCAAUGCCUCGAGGACAGAUCUUGCACCGUGCUGCAACCACACUGAGCAUUUUUGCACCCAGCAUCCACUCUUGGAGAGUUGCAUGCAAAAUAAUGCAGCUGCACGGUGCAAUGCCUGGAGGACAGAUAUUGCACUGAGCAUUUUGCACCCAGCAUCCAUCUUUGGGCUGUUGCAUGCAAAAUAAAUUGCAUGGUGCAAUGCCUCAAGGGCAGAUAUUGCAUCGUGCUGCAACCACACUGAGCAUUUUUGCACCCAGCAUCCAUCCUUGGGCUGUUGCAUGCAAAAUAAUGCAGUUGCACGGUGCAAUGCCUCAAAGACAGAUAUUGCACUGAGCAUUUUGCACCCAGCAUGCAUUCUUGGUCUGCUGCAUGCAAAAUAAUUUGCACCGUGCAAUGCCUCAAGGGCAGAUAUUGCACCGUGCUGCAACCACAC